AUGAACCUAGAGCGCGGCGUCGUUGCCGGCGGCGAGAAGGGCGGCGACGGCAAUGGGAAUGUGAGCCGGAAGCCGUCGAUAGGCAUCGUCCGGCUCUUCUUGGCCUGCAUGGUCUCCGGCGGCAUCCAGUACGGCUGGGCGCUGCAGCUCUCCCUCCUCUCGCCUCGCCCUACUCUCAGGCACUGCACACUUCAUGCUCAUAAACAGUGGUGGAUCCAGAAAAAAUAUAAGGAGGUUGGACUGAAGAGAGCAAGACCAACUUAUAACUCAAUUAUGUCACAUACAUAA